AUGAACGUCAGCGGUCAGUCGGACCCGUGGAGCAGGGUUACUGAGCAGACGGCCAUCUCCUUGAACUCCGGCCGCAGUGGCGGGAGCGACGGAGGAGCCGACGAAAUUCCUCCUCUUGGGCAUCUGGUCGUCAUGCGGUUCCGUCUACUCGUCACAGACCACCACGGGUUGCGCUGUCCUCUACUGGUUAUGAAUGUUCUAUGGAAGCUGACGAAAUCAGUGGUCUUUGGUCUUAUUGUUGAGAGGGUUCUAUUAGGUUGGAAAUAG